UUGUCAGAACCAUGGCCAGAGCGCUGAGAGGCAGUGAACGCUAGUCGUCUGUUGAACGUUAGUUCGGCCGCAGAGUAGGACGGAGACGCUCACGCCGAGAAGAAGUGUUUGCGGCCAACAUUUCCCCAAGCCAAUGUUAACUUUCGGAUAGUGCCGUUUGCUAGACUCUCUAGCGUGUCGGGGGCUAGCUUUCCGUUGACCUGCCUGUGUUCUGCAGUGGAAAUAGCAAAAAAUGUCGUCUCCAAGUCCGGGCAAAAGGCGAAUGGACACCGACGUGGUGAAACUCAUCGAAAGCAAACAUGAAGUCACCAUCCUCAGCGGACUCAACGAGUUUGUAGUGAAGUUUUUCGGACCACAGGGAACGCCGUACGAGGGCGGCGUGUGGAAGGUGCGAGUGGAUCUGCCUGACAAAUACCCGUUCAAAUCGCCAUCAAUAGGAUUCAUGAACAAGAUCUUUCAUCCCAACAUCGAUGAAGCGUCGGGAACGGUGUGUUUAGAUGUCAUCAACCAGACGUGGACAGCCCUUUAUGAUCUCACCAACAUCUUUGAGUCGUUCCUGCCCCAGCUGCUGGCCUACCCCAACCCCAUCGACCCCUUGAAUGGAGACGCGGCCGCCAUGUACCUGCACAGGCCAGAGGAGUACAAGCAGAAAAUCAAAGAGUACAUCCAGAAAUAUGCAACGGAGGAGGCGCUAAAGGAGCAAGAGGAGGGGGCGGGCGACUCUUCGUCCGAAAGUUCCAUGUCCGACUUCUCUGAGGACGAGGCCCAGGACAUGGAGUUGUAGUGGUGGACAUCGUCGUCCUCCUGCACUCCCCCCCCCCCCCCCCACCCCCCUCCACCCCCCCACCCAUAGAGACUAUAUUUGAUUUCCUAACCCAUGACAAAGCAGACUUAUAAUAUUCAUAUUUAAACACCUUGAUUUUUUAUUAUUAUUAUUAUUAUUAUUACUAAACAAGGAUUUUUAUGAAUAUCUAGCCUCCUCCUCUCCCCUCCUGGCAUCUCUUCAUCCUACUCCCCAUUAUUUUUUUUCUUGUGUGUGUGUGUCAAAGGGGUUGUGGCGCUGCCCGCUGCAGGCAAAGACAGUAUUUGAACAAGAGACGCACAAUCACGCACAGGGUAUGUCACCAUGCUCACGGACGGAUGUGAUGCCGCUUUUGGAUGCCGGUUCGGCAGUUACUCACUUUUUUUUAUGUUACCCAAACAAACAUCAAGCGUGUUGUCACUGCUCUGAGUGCAAUUUGGAUUCACAUUUCACCACUGGCGAUCCGGUUUCCCCUUUUUAUUUUUUCCCCACUUUAAUCCCAACAUAGGAGGGAAGGAGACGAGAUGUUUGGAAGUUUUUUUGGGUUUUUUUUUUUUUUUUUUUUUCCCCCCCCCCCCUCCUCCCUCUCGCUCUCUCUCUCUCUCUCUCUCUCUCUCUCUCUCCCCCUCUCCCUCUCCCUCUCCCUCUCUCUCCGCCCUCUUCCCAGCAUUUGUGUGUCUACAGUAUCAAACAUGGCAGUCCAAGUGCUCGGAGAGGACCUCGCAAUGUAUUCCCCCUCCGAGAAUGCAGUCGUGCGGAUCCCAGCUCAACUUUCCCUUCUCUGUGCCUCGUCAACAACACCAACACCAACAAAAGGAAGGCGAUCAAGAAAAAAAAAAAAAAAGCACAUUUGGUACUUCUCUUCCUCUCUGGACAAUCUACACGUAGAUGGAUGCUAACAUAUAGCUAGUUCUGGGUUGCAAGUUCUACAAAUAGAUAGCAUUCCUAUGGCUUUAGUCUGUUUUUUUUAUUUUUUUUUUAUAGUUAGUUGGCGUCUGUCGUGUGAUAUGUAUAAGAUGCUUCAUUUGUACAGAUGUUUCCUAGCGUAGUUCAUCAGAAAUGAGAGGCAAAAAUGAAAGCAGGCACCACGUUUGUGUUGCAUCUCCGGUACAUUUAAAGUGGUUCGGUGUAGCAGGAUGCAGGCUUAUUUUUUUUAAUGUUGAUUUAUGUAUCCGCGCCCACUCAGGAUAACCCAAAAAGGUCGUAUGCAGAUUCUCAGCUUUCUAAUUUACUCUGGAAGCUGCCACCAAAUGUUCUUCCCCCAACCUCUCCUCUUUUUUUUUUUUUUUUCUUCUUGCAUUCUUAAUCCUAAUCACCAAGCAACAAUGUUGUAAACUUCAUGGAAUAAUCCCCUUCUCCUUGAAGAGAGUUUUUUGUUUUAAAAGUAAUUCAGAUUGGAAUUCUUGGUUUUACCUUUGUGCAGUAUUGUGCUGGACCUCUGUAAUCCCACAUAAAGGUUGUUGGAUGAGAGGGGGGGAAAAAAGUGGCCCAAAAAAGAAUUUAUGAUUUGCAUCCUCUAAAAACAAAAAAAAAACAGCUCUGUUUAUGUUAAAGUCCUACUUUUGUUUUUAAAGAAGCAUUGUGCACCUGCUGGGUAAUAAAGUGAUCAUAUACUCA